AUGAGGUCCGCAUUCGAGAUAGCGAGGAGUCACAUCGCCCUGCCACUGUCACAAGACACCGGCACACUUCGGCGUGUGCUGCGGGACUGGGUGCACUACGCGGAACGCCUGCAGCUGCAGGAGAAGCCCACAUGCCCUGCCGCGUUGUGCAUCACGGUGCACCCAUCGCGAGGAUGCACCCGUCGCCAACAAAAGCAGCAGCAGGAACGACAGCAUUCCUAUCACCAGCAUCAACAUAAGUCGCUUAGCGCAGUAACAGGGAAGGCGGCGUCCGUGUACACAAAGCAUAUCCCUUUGCAGCUGUGGACGGCACUUCUUCCGUGGGAAGUGCAGCGUGGGCUCUCGUGCAGUGAGUUGCGGCUUCCCAAUGCUCACAGUACGGCUGCCGUUGAGGCGGCGGCGCAUGUGGAAAAGAAUGAAGUGACGGGGGACGGGGAGGAAGACCCGCUUGGUGUAGUGACGGCGCCUUCGACGAGUGGGAGUGGCGUGGGGUUGCACAAGCCGGCAGCGCCAUCGCCAGCUGCAGCUGCAGCGCCAGGAAUGCUCUUCGUCAUGGAUGCUGAUGCUGUCGCGCAGGGCAUCGGUUUCUGGAGCGGCGCCAUCCAGCAGCCGAUCGAUGUCGCAUUCAUCACGCCCGUGGAGCCGGCGGCAGUCGACGCGCCGUCGUUUCAGCAGCUGCGUCAGUGUCGCCUCGCCGCGGCUGAUGGGUCCAGUGAGAAUGACGGCUACAGCCCCGCCCGCUUCUUCCCCGAUGGAGAGUUGGACUCCCCAACCGUCACCUUCGCGGUACAGUCGUACGCACACUUGGACCCGUUCCCCCACUGCGAUAGGAGCGCGGGUGAAGGUGCAGGUGGUGGGGCGCGUCAGCACACAGCCGAGCCCGAAACAGCAACGCCAGCGACAUCAAAAACACCUGAUGGACAGGUGGCAAGGGAUACAGUCCCACGUUACGUUCUGGAGACCACGCGUUACCUGCUGCGAGACAGCAUAGCGAAUGCCUUGUGCGAGUUUCAUCAACUGCACCAGGUUGCCAGUGGAAGGAAAACACAAGACACUGCUUCAGAUAAUGUGGAGCUCACCAUCACAUUGGUGCUUUCGGAUGCAUUAAAGGAGGAACUUCGAGAGAAGGCGCGCUUGUACACCAACUACGUGCUGCCGCUCGAGGAACACAUACGCCACCACAUCCGCCGGCUGAACACUUCCGUGUCAGAUGCCCUCACCGAUGACGGUGUCGGGGAACAAACGGAGAAGACAAAAGACAAUCUUGUCGUGCAUGCUGCUGCUCCUGCUGCUGGUAUUAUUCGCCCCUCCCAGGCGGGUGUAACGCGUGCCGAUCGGAACCUGUCACGCCGCUCACCGAUGCUGGCAGACGAGGACGAAGGCCGCCCGUCAUGUCUUGUCCCCAGCGUCUUGGGCAAGCACGAGGCCCCAGCUCUGCAGCGGGCUCAGCAGCAGCAGGGCCAGUUCGUUAGCGCCAGAGCACUCGCGCGGAUUCCCAACACAGCCUCCCGCAUGCCGAGCGUGCAACCGAUCGACUACGAGCUGUUCGAUCUCUGCCUGCGUCUGGGUCUUUGCCAAAAGGACGCCAUCUACUACUUCUAUGGACGCAUCAUGCGGGAGUGGCAAAAGGAGCUGCAGCGCCUGCAAAGAAGCACGGCGUCUGGCGGCGGUGGUGGUGGUGGUGAUAGGGGAAUCAAUAGUGCAGGGAUUGGUGAGGCAGACGUGGGGCGCAUGUUGCUGCUCGUGCGUGACCCCUCGCUUCAGGUCCCAGCGGAGCUCGUGGCCUGCGUGGAGGCCGUCGCGCAACGCCGCGGCAUCGCCAUCCGCGAGGGGUCGCCGUGA